GAGUCUGCACCUUGCAACCGUAAAGACAUUUCCAACAGACAAGAAGAUUUGGGUCUCCUGUCCAGUUCCAUUUAACCUCUUAUCUGCUAAAUCGGUACAGCCCUCACCUCUGAGAUCAGCUGGUGUCAUCACAUAGUGUCCCCCCCUCCCCUCCACAUUACCAAUCGCUGCUGUUUCCAACCUUUGGACCCACGGAGGCGACUUUAUGUGUAAACGGUUUUGAAUUUUGUUGCUCGAGCACCAUGGGGAACCAUGUUGGCAAGAAAGAAAAUUCUAAUGAGAAUUCCGCAAAGGAUACAGAGAAUGUUGUUGUGGAAGAAGAGAAGACUGUGAGUCAGGUGGUAGAGGCAGUCCAGGAAUCCGAUGAUAAUGAAGUGUUUGCAGAUGUGAACCAGAACAAUGGCACGUCCUCGAAGGGCACAGCGGUGACUGACUCCACAAGCACAGCAGACCCCGAGAAUGAUUGGAAGAAAGCCAACCCAGCUGACUCUGCCUCUCGCCCUCACUUGGUCCGCCUUUUUUCCCGAGAUGCACCAGGAAGGGAGGACAACACCUUCAAAGAUCGGCCAAGUGAGUCAGAUGAGCUUCAAACCAUCCAGGAGGACAGUGGAACAGCUUCGGAAGACUCGGAUUUGAUGGCAUCACAGAAACUGUCUCGUGGGCACGGAUCGAAGCAAAUGGCUUCAGCUAGCACCUCAGACCACUAUAAGCAUGGCCAUGGAAGACACAGGGACUCAGGUCUUCUUGAUUCACUGGGCAGGUUCUUUGGAGGUGACAGAGAUGUCCGUAGAAAGGGAUCAGGAAAGGAGGUGCACGUUUCCAGAGCAGGAUACUUAUCAUCCUCUCCUCAGAGGUCUCCCCAGCGGUCUUCUUCUUACCAUGGCCAUCAUGGCAGAUAUACCGAUGACAACCCAGUUGUCCACUUCUUCAAGAAUAUAGUGUCACCCAGGACACCACCUCCAGCUCAACCAAAGAGAGGAUUAUCCCUCGCCAGAUUUAGCUGGGGAGGUGAAGGGCAGAAGCCAUGUUAUGGAUCCGGUGCCAGGUAUUUCGAGCACCACAAAUCAUCCUACAAGGGAUACAAGGAUGCUCAUAGAGAUGGCCAAGGAACGCUGUCCAGGAUCUUUAAACUGGGAGGAAGGGACAGCAGAUCAUCUUCCCCCAUGGCAAGACGCUGAAGUUCUAAAGAUGUCUUUACAUUUGAUGGGACCCACUCUGUAACCUGAAGUGCCAUUACAAAUAAUACUACUAGUAUUUAUAACAAUGACCUAGAUAGAAACACAAUCUACUUAUCUGUGCAUGAGCUGUGCGUGAAAAUAGGUUGUAGCAAAUCCUAUUGGCAGUACCAAAUAUACGACUGAUAAAAGGGAAGAAAGGACAUGGUGGUUUAGCUUGCUGUCUAUAUUAAAUAAAAACAAUUAAUCAAGAUUAAACAUGUUGCCAUCCUCAAUGUUUACUUAUUCAAAUAUUAGCACCACUGUAUUCUACAAUGCAUUACUAUCUUAUAGCAUAUGCAAUAUGUAGGAUAUUGAGAGCUGUAGCCAGAAAACAGCUGGUAGGCUUUUUUUUUUUAGCCACUCACACUGAUUUUUUUUAUUCCCGUGGCUUUGGGUUUUAUAUGUUAAGCUUUUUGCAUUUUAUUUUUGAUAACAUCCACUCUCUCUCACAUGCAUGUUUUUCUUUCAUAUUAGUUAGAGACAGCUUUUGAAUAGAGGCUUUGGGUUUUUAAGUAUGUGAAAAGGGGUUCCAUGUAACUAUAGUCAUUCUGACGCCGGACUAUUGGGCACAAAGGGUUUACACACCAGAGUAUAUAGCACGGUCCUAACCAGACUAUGGGAGGAGAGAAAUAGUGAGAGAGACUGGGUAUUUGAGGAAGUCUAUAACCUGAAUACAUUGCACACAUGCACUCCUGGGUACUCUGCACAGAGAACACGCUAACUGCAUAGCUUUAUACACGGGCUAGGGAGUUUGCCCAUUAUCCAUGUCUUAUUCACAUUACUGAAACACAUAAAAAAAGACCAAGUGAUAGAUAAACGUACGAUGAUUAAACCAUAGUAGUAUUAAUUAGAUUUGUAUUAACUUUUAACUGUUAUUUACAAAUUGAAAAACAUUAAGGUCACUGAAAAAUACAGGUGCACCAAAAGGCUCUUCUGAAUUGCACUGCUUAUUUCUUUUCAUUACCAAAAAAUGUAUAUUAUAAUUCCCAUUAUUUAAUUUUUCCCGCUCUUUAUUUUUGUGAUUUCCACAGCGUUCUUCUUUGGGUGAUAGCAUAGCCAUGUUUCCAAAUAAAGAAGUUGCUAUUAAUACAGCAUAUACUUUUUAAUGUCAUUUAAAAUAUGUAUUUUAUAUUUAAACACUAAUAACAUGCAGUGAGCUUCAAAGUACAUCUGAGUGCAGAACUUAUAUAAAAUGUAGAAGCUACAUUACCACAUGAUUAGUGGGGCAAGAUAUUUUCUCUGCUUAAGUCUAUGCAACAGAAAUAGUGAACAAUAUUCAUUCUUUGGUGUUAUUAAAUGUAUUCAAAUAAAAUAAUCGAAUAAAUGAA